UUAAAGAGUAGUCUAGUUGUCAAGCACUGAUGCCAAUAUGGCGGCACUUUAAAUAUUCGUGUUGUGUGACAGUACUGAAAACUGAUGUACUCGUUUUUUAAGCAUUAAGCAAUUAACAUUUAGAAGAAGUUAUAACAAUGCCACAUGGUGACUCAUCUUCAUGGAAAAAUUAGCAGAUGAAAAAGAAAAGGAAUGUAGUCAAAUUCUAGAAUCAAGAAUUGAAAAUUUAUAAAAAAAAAUUGUCACUUGAAAGAUAUAGAGCUGGAAGAAGAGAAAAAUGAAAAAAAAUGAGCUGAAAGAGCAUUUUAAAUACAACCUCAAACUGUUGGUAGACAGAAAAAGAGAACUAGAAAAAUAUGAUGUCUCCUUUUCAGAGAUUCGUAUGACGCUGAAUGAAAAGAAUGCUGAGAUCAGUGAGCUGAAGAUUUAUCUUGAUGACUUGAAAAACGUCAUCAAGAGGGAGGAAAAGACCAAAGAUGAGCUUCAAGCUAAUUACCAUAGACGGCUGAGAGAGAAGCAACCUGAAGUUGAUCAUUAUAAGAGCUGUAAAGACAAAGAGUUGCUUGAUGAAAGAAAAAAAGUAUGAAGAAUUCAGGAGAAAUUUAUAGAGACAACUGACCAAUGUACAAAAUGAACUGGACAUUCAGAAAAGGGAAUUAACCAAAGAUUUUGAGGACAAUUUGAAAAAACGAGAGCAUGAAUUCAAACUACAAGUUGAUGAGUUAAACACAAAAGCUUUGGAACAUGAACUGAAAGUUAACAUAAGUUUACCUUCCCUAACUUUUUUUUAAUCCAGAUUCUUUAUUUUAAAAAAAAGAAAGUCGUAAAAAAAGAUUUAGAAUCUUAAUAUUAUAUUAAUUUCAAAUAACUGAGCUCCUUCUGUCUAGGGUACCCAAAGUAUUAAAAUUAAUAUUUUACACAUUGCAUAAUAAUUUGAGUGCUGUAAAUUUUAUAUUCACCAAUUGUUCCAUCUGAGAGGACUAGAUGUGUUUUGUAUUUCUCUUGAUAAAAAUACUAGAGAAAGAGCUGGAGUUGUCCAGCGAAUGUAAUGAUAAGACAACAGCUAUAGUGGAGGUGGCGGAGGACACACAGAGGCAUCUGGAGAAACUGGUCAAGAAGAGGGAGUGGGAGCUGGCUGAUUCUGUGGCCAUGAAAGAUGCAGACUGAAAACUCAUCGAAAAAACUUCAGGAAGACUUCCAAAGAAAAUUUACCGAAAUGGACAGAAUAGCAAUGGACAAGGAUGACACGCUAGAACGAGUUAAAAAUGGGUAUCAUGAGAAGGAAGGAUCGCUGCAGGCAACUGUACAAGAUCUUCAAUCAAAGCUAGAGGACUGCCUGAUCAGGGAAAGACAACUCCAGUGGGCUAAUCAAGAUGCCAUGAAAGAGAAAGAAAUCCAAAUUGAAAACUUAAAGGAAGAUAUCCAAAGCACAAAAGCGAGGUGGGACCGUCACGUGGCAGAAAUCUCACAUAAUCAUGUGACCCAAGACUUGGAGCUAAACACAGCUCUAGAAGAACAGAGGAGGUUAAAACUUGAGCUGGAUCAAAGAAAAGAAGACUUAGAGAGGUACAAGAGAGAAAAAAGGAAAAGGGGAAGACAAGAUUCUUUUGUGCCUCAAGCAAAGCGAGCUAAACAAGGGAAGAAAAAUUUUAAACAAGGGAAGAAUGAUUUCAAACAAGGGAAGAAAGACUUUAAACAAGAGAAGAAAGAUUUUAAGAAGGGACAUAAGCAAUAAAGAGGGGAGACAAAUAAAAAACACCAGAAAGAAAAUAGAUUUAGUGGAGCUUCUGGAAAUAAAAAAAACUACUACUCUCGCCUGCAAAAAAAAAAAAAAAAAAAAAGAA